GAAGCUGCUGCGGGACGUUCAAAUCAAACAUCUCUACCCUCUCCUUCCAGCGAAAUGGCAAGAGCGGCGGCUCCUCCGCCUCUGCACCGGCUGCCCGGUCUGGCCUUGCUGUGCCUUGCCGUGGCAGUUUGCUUCUCCGGCGGCGAAAACGCCGCGGCGGCGGCCUGGACGAGGAAGAUAGUCGGCGUUCACGAGCUCAGGGUGGGGGAUUUCUCCGUCAAGGUCACCAACUGGGGGGCGACUCUCAUGUCCGUCAUCCUCCCCGACUCCAAAGGGAACUUGGGCGACGUUGUGCUCGGCUACGACACCGUCGCUGAAUACGUCAACGGCACCGCCUACUUCGGCGGUCUGAUCGGCCGCGUGGCCAACAGGGUCGCCGGCGCGCGGUUCACGCUGGACGGGAAAGCCUACCGCCUCUACCGCAACGACGGCAACAACUCGCUCCACGGUGGCCACCGGGGGUUCAGCAAGGUCGUAUGGACGGUGAAGGAGCACGUCGGCGGCGGUGACUCCCCGUACAUCACGCUCUACUACCAUAGCUUCGACGGGGAGCAAGGGUUCCCCGGCGACCUGGACGUGUACGUGACGUACCGUCUGUCGCGCCCGUACGUGCUGAGCGUGCGCAUGAACGCCACGGCGCGGAGCAGGGCCACCCCGGUGAACCUCGCGCACCACGCGUACUGGAACCUCGGCGGCCACGGCAGCGGGCCCGUCCUCGGCGAAACGGUGCAGCUCUUCGCGUCGCGGUACACGCCGGUGGACGCCGCGCUCGUGCCGACGGGCGCGCUGGCGCCCGUGGCCGGCACGCCCUACGACUUCCGCGCGCCGGCGCCCGUGGGGGCGCGCCUGGCGGACCUGCGGCCGCGCCGUGGCACUGGCGGCGUCGCGGGCUACGACACCAACUACGCCGUGGACGGCGCCGCGUCGCCGUCGCUGCGGCCGGUGGCGCGCGUCUGGGACGGCGCCACGGGGCGGGCCAUGGAGCUGUGGGCGGACCAGCCCGGGGUGCAGUUCUACACCAGCAACGGGCUCGCUGGCGUCAGGGGCAAGGGCGGUAGCGUGUACCGGCGGUACGCCGCGCUGUGCCUCGAGACGCAGGGGUUCCCCGAUGCCGUCAACCACCCGAGCUUCCCGUCGCAGAUCGUGAGGCCGGGCAAGGUGUAUAGCCAUGACAUGCUCUUUAAGUUCUCCUUCGCCUAGCUACAAGACUACUGGUGCAUGCGGUUCAUGCGUACACCUGCGCAGUGCUGUGUCACCUUGAUGUGUCUUGAUUAGACUCCUCCGUCUACUCUCAAGAACUUUACAUCCCCAAAUAACAGCGUGCUGCCCGGUACGAGCUAGGGUUUUAUAUGUAUGCGCGGGCGCGGCUUAUGCUCGAU